UAUGGGGAGGUCCUUAGCAGGAACUCUUCCUUGGUAGGUGCAUGCUGCCAAAACGUUCCUGGGACGUUUCCCGGUUCAGUACACAUCUCCUAGGGAGCAUUUAUGGGACAUCUCCAGCAGAAAAGUUGUUUGUUGGGAGUCAGUACGUCAAUUAUUUCCGGAUAAGAACACUCCUUUGCUGUCGACAGGCUACUGAAAGGCGCCGCAUUGUCGCAUCAUUAUUUAGGCGUUGUGGCAUCAAAGUAGCUUGUAGUAAGCUCACAGAUACGACGAACGCAAAUGGGAUUUCGGACUCAUAUCUGCUUGUCCUUGCACAAGAAUACGUGAUCGUAAGAGUAUGUCACCUCCUUCAAUUACAUUUUUUUCUCUAAGCGAUUGUUUCCUAUAGUGGUCAGAUUUGUCAUCGCGUGUAUAGUUAACAUUAGAAGUUACUGUACAGUCCACCGGGACAUAAUAUUUUCCAACAUACAGCACCGGGACAUGGCCAUACAUUUUAUCGAAUGGCAUGUGUGUUCUUUUUUUUUUUUUUGGUAUGUAGAAGAACGGACCAACGUAUUUCCCUUUUAUUUAUUUCAUAGUUUGGAUGUGACCACAGCACUAGUCCUGCUAUGACUACUCGAGAAUUCUCAACACAGAGUGCACGACAUUGUAUAAUGCCUUUAGAAGUGCUUCGAAACGCACCGUCUUUUCAGCGCAACGAUACACCAUACGAACAGGGCGCAGUUCCGUUUUCUUCUUUUUCGCUAAGCUCCUUCGCGCGCGUUAUCAGACCAACGGGCGCUUGGUCACAUUGCAAGCGAUGAGGACACCGCGAUUUUCGGUGUUGCAUUACAGAAGUGCGAGAGGCACCAUAAGCGGCGAUAACGUCGCCGGCUGGGAGCAAGCAACUUCACACGCAGGCAACUUUCCAGCGGGGAGACAAAUAUUGUGUCUCUGGAGUGCGACGAGCACCCAGGGUAUUGGCAGCCGCUUAAAGGCGAUGUCGGCGCUUGAGGCUCUGCAGGCCUGCUUAAUAACCUUGCUCCUCUACAACCGUAUCUGGGCGCAGGGCCCGCAACAAUCGGACUUUCGUCGGCUGCGAUGGGAGAGCCUGGACGCUAACAACACCGACCUUGUCUUCCUGCUCGAUCGGUCGGGCAGUGUCGGUGCGGCGGGCUUCGAGAUGCAGCUCGGCUUCGUACACAGUUUUCUCAAGUACUUCGAGGUGACGCCAAACGCCACUCGAGUCGCGGUUGUGUCGUUCAGCGACGACGCAGUGGUGCACGCCAACUUCCUAAAGGAACCAGGAAACAAGUGCCAGUUGGUGAGGCUGACGCAAGGCGUGCAGUACCUGAACCACCAUGCAACCAACACGGGUGCGGGUCUGCAGAAGGCGCACGAGCUGUUCCACGACAGCCGCAAACACACGCGCAAGGUAUUGGUUUUGGUGACGGACGGAUUGGCGACGAUGGGCCCGGAUCCGGUGAAAGAAGCGGACAAGCUUAAGGGUGCCGGCAUAGAAAUAUUCGUGUUCAGCAUCGGACGCUCCAUCAGAAGGCACCUGGAUAUGCUGGCAUCCUCGGAAGACCACGUGUUCGAAUGCGAGAGCUUCGCGCAAUUUCAGAAGACCUUCGAUGACCAAGCUCUGCCGACGGACCGGUGGACGGUGAGGGACAACCCACGAGACUGCGACCGCUUCUGCCGCGGGACGAUGGCCGGAGGGCGCUCCUGCUGCGACAAGAACGCGGUGUGUGGUUGCUCCCUGUCGACGGGCCUCAGUGCCUGCCUGUGCGGGCCUGGAUUCUACGGGAGCGGGCUCCAUUCACAGUGCAUACCUUGCAGGCCGGACACGUACAAGGAGACGCACGAGAGCGGCCCGUGUGCGAGCUGCCCGCCGAACAGCAGGACGCGCCACGAAGGAAGCCGCUCGCUGAGGGACUGCGCCUGCAAGGAGGGCUUUGCUGGAGACCCCGCCGCUGGAGUGCCCUGCACUCCCAUCACGUGCCCGCCGCUGCAAGCGCCGGAACACGGCCGGGUUGUGGCAUGCGACACCAAGUACGAAGGCGAGUGCCUGCUCCAGUGUGACUCCCAGCACGAGAUGGCCGAAGGAGGUGAUACCGCAACUCGCUACUGCGAAGCCGACGGCAACUGGAGCGGGGAGACGAGCGUGUGCAAAGCGAAAACGUGUGAGAAGCCGCAGGACCUGGACAACGGCUAUGUUCAAGGCUGCCACAGCCCAUGGAAGGUGAACGACAGCUGCACGUUCCGCUGCAACCGCGGGUACGAGCUCAUCGGCGGCGGCGCCGCCAGGACGUGCCUCGAGUGGAAAGUGUGGUCCGGCGAGGAGCCGCGCUGCGAACUGGUCUCAUGCCCGCCGCCUCCCUUCGUGCCAAAUACGCAAGACGUCGGCUACUACAGGCAGGCAAAGGUCUACCGAUUCGGUGAUGUUUUCGCACCCAAGUGCCGCAAGGGAUUCGCCUUCCGAGGUCCACGCCUUCUGCACUGCGACGACCGAGGCCAGUGGAACAGUGGCGGCGAGGACUUCUCCAAAAUGGCAUGUGUUGACGUAGAGAAACCCAAGAUCUCAUGCCCCAAAGACAUCGUCGUGGCAGCGGAACCACGGAGGGAUUCCGCCAAGGUUUCGUGGGCACAACCGCGGUACAGCGACAAUGACGGCGCCGACAAACUGGUGCUGCAACAGGUGCCCGCCGACUACGUGUCGCCCCACCGGUUCCCCUUGGGCGAGCAUCGCAUCGCCUUCAGGGUGGUCGACCGGGCACGGCUAGAGGCCAACUGCACCUUCACCAUCACCAUACACGAUGACGAGGCGCCCCAUGUCAUCAACUGCCCAGAAGAACAGAGUCUCGAGACGAGUGAGAACGAAGUGACGGUCACGUGGGAGAAACCACUCUUUGUGGACAAUUCCGACCAGCUACGCAUAGACGCGAACCACUUCUCACCUUCAAAGUUCGGGCAUGGAGUUCACAAAGUCGUCUACAGAGCCCGAGACUCGCACGGAAAUUCUGCGACCUGCGUCUUCCACGUAAAAGUGUCAAGGAGUCAGUGUCCGUUCCACCCGGCGCCGCUGAACGGGGCCCUAUCGUGCGACGAAUGGAUGCACGGCCAGUUCUGCCAGCCGUUCUGCAACGAGCAGUUCGACUUCCUCGAGAAGCCGGCCGAGUGGUACAUCUGCGCCAGGGACCAGCGCUGGCACACCGAGCCCGAGGGGAUGAGCGUGCCGUGGCCGGACUGCGCUAGGAUGGCGUCACCGACGCAGGCCAAGAGAAUGUACCACGGGCACUACUACUCGGGCGACUGCAGAGACCCCAGCGUCCAGGCCGCCAUCAAGAAAGCCUUCCAGGACAACUUCCACCAAGCGCGCAAAAAGCUGUCGGUGUGCACGGCUGGUAACACGUGCAACCUGGACGGGGUGUCGGUCACCUGCGGGGAUGCCGAGCUCCGCGGGCGGCGACAGCGGAGGAGCCUGCUGGCAUCUGUGGCAGGCGUGGACGCCGAGCUCCUGCUGGAACUCGGUGUGAAUGGCACCGGACGCUUCGUCAAUGGCGUGGAAGAGAUCGAAGCAGCCAUUGACGAAAUUGUCAACAGCAUCAGAGAAAUAUCGCCUUCGGUUCUCCAAGACGUCAACGGCCGCGAGAACUUGACCGUGUUGAUGGACCUCAUCGACUCAUCGGCCGAAGACGUCGUCAUAGUUUGCGCAGAGGGAGAGACACGCAGCGCUCAAGGUUGCGCCAAGUGUCCCAAAGGGACUUUCCAUGAGCGAAGCCAGGACCGGUGCUCUCCGUGUCCCGUAGCCAGCUACCAGGAUGAAGAUGGUGCCUUGUCCUGCAAGCCGUGCCCUCGCAAUGCUUCUACCGCGACUCCCAAAAGCACAAGCAUCGACGACUGCAAGCUUGCUUGCUCUCCCGGCACAUUCUCCAAGGAUGGCCUUGAGACGUGUCGAGCCUGUCCGCUAGGAAUGUACCAGGACGAACGCCAGCAGGUGCGAUGCAAGCGCUGUCCCGCUGGAUCGACCACCGAGGCCUUUGGAAGCUUUCGCGAGGCCGACUGCAAAGAAUACUGCACACCCGGAACGCAAUCCUUCAACGGCCUGCAGCCCUGCAUGCCAUGUGAGAAAGGCACCUACCAGGAGCUCAGCGGCCAAAAGUCGUGCUCCCCAUGCCCCACUCGGACGACCACCCUGCAGGAAGGCUCCGAGUCACACCUCGAGUGUAUCGACCUAGAACAAUGAUGAUCUGUGCAAAAGGAAAACGUGCCGUUCGCUAGCACUGAUUUCACAGCGACCAUUGCGAAAACCACUGCGGCACAGGAAAGAAAAGCGGGGCAAGAGAGGAAGAAUGGAGUUAUAUCAGCUGUCUGGGUGUCUUCCUUUCUUUUUAUUAAAAUAAUUUCAAACAUGA